AUGCAUGAGAGCUUCACUCGCUGAGUCUCUCACUCACUCACUCAGCAAUGGUCACGACAGCCAGAUACCUGGGGCCCACUGCCAUGUGCGUUUCUCCUUCUUCCCCGUUCCCUUCUCAUUUCAACUCCCAAACCCAACCUCAACAAACAAAACACUUUCUUUUCUAAUUUCUAUACUUUCCCUCACAUCACAUUACCUUCUCCCACACGGCUAACGGACAGAACCACAACAGCAUGGUGAGCAGUACCACCACCACCACCACCACCUACUUUCCAAAUCCUCUACCCUUCUUCAUUUUCUUAACCAUGAUGACCUUCUUCGCCAACUCCCAGGACGAUGUUUCAGUAAUGCUGGCUCUCAAGAACAGCCUCAACCCGCCGGGAUGGACCGGCCCGGACCCAUGCAAGUGGGACCAGGUCAGGUGCUCCGAAGAUAAACGGGUCACACGGAUCCAAAUUGGCCGCCUCAAUCUCCAGGGCACUCUCCCUGCAACUAUUCAGAACUUGACCCAGUUGGAACAGUUGGAGCUCCAAUACAACAACAUCUCGGGUCCCAUUCCCUCGCUUAACGGCUUGACCAACCUCCGUGUCUUCAUUGCCAGCAACAACCGCUUCUCCGCCGUCCCCGCCGACUUCUUCGCCGGCAUGUCGCAGCUCCAGGCGGUGGAGAUCGACAACAACCCCUUUGAGCCCUGGGAGAUCCCUCAGACUCUCCGAAACGCUUCUGUGCUUCAGAACUUCUCCGCCAACUCUGCCAAUGUCAGAGGCACUUUGCCGGAUUUCUUCAGCUCCGACGUGUUUCCUGGUUUGACGGUUUUGCACUUGGCCAUCAAUAACCUCGAGGGGGCGUUGCCUUUGAGCUUUUCUGGCUCUCAGAUUCAGUCUUUGUGGUUGAAUGGGCAGAAGAGCGUUAACAGGCUCGGUGGCAGUGUUGCUGUUUUGCAGAACAUGACUUUCUUGACGGAGGUUUGGUUGCACUCCAAUGCUUUUACGGGUCCGUUGCCUGAUUUGUCCGGGUUGAAGAGUUUGAAGGUUUUGAGUUUGAGGGAUAACAGGUUUACAGGUCCUGUUCCGCCUUCGUUGGUGGGUCUCAAGACACUUGAAGUUGUGAACUUGACUAAUAACUUGUUUCAGGGUCCUAUGCCGGUGUUUGGCAAUGGAGUUGAGGUAGAUAACGAUAAGGAUUCCAACAGUUUUUGUUUGUCAGGACCUGGUGAUUGUGAUUCCAGGGUGCAGGUUCUUCUUUCUGUUGUUGGGCUUAUGGGGUAUCCUCAAAGGUUUGCCGAGGGUUGGAAGGGGAAUGAUCCUUGUGCUGAUUGGAUUGGAAUUGCUUGUGGAGAUGGGAAUAUAACUGUUGUUAAUUUUCAGAAGAUGCAACUUAGUGGUGAGAUAUCCCCGGAUUUUUCAAAGAUUAAAUCUUUGCAAAGAAUAGUACUUGCGGAUAACAAUCUCACUGGUUCAAUUCCAGUAGAGCUUACUACUUUGCCUCGGCUUAGUCUAUUGAAUGUUGCGAACAAUCAGCUUUAUGGGAAGGUGCCGAGUUUUAGGAGUAAUGUAGUUGUGAGUACUAAUGGUAAUGUUGAUAUAGGGAAGGAUAAGAGUAGCCAGUCCCCUCAGGGUUCAGUGUCUCCAACGGCUCCCAAUUCAAAGGGAGAAAAUGGUGGGGGUUCUGGAAAUGGUGGCAAAAAGUCUUCCCAUGUGGGAGUGAUCGUGUUUUCAGUGAUUGGGGCGGUUUUUGUGGUUUCUAUGAUUGGUUUCCUGAUUUUCUGCCUGUUUAGGAUGAAGCAAAAGAAGUUGAGCAGGGUCCAGAGCCCAAAUGCUCUAGUUAUUCAUCCUAGGCAUUCUGGGUCGGAUAAUGAGAGUGUGAAGAUAACCGUUGCAGGUUCAAAUGUCAGUGUUGGUGGUGUCAGUGAAACGCGAACCAUACCUGGCAGUGAGGCAGGAGAUAUCCAAAUGGUUGAAGCCGGAAACAUGGUCAUUUCCAUACAAGUUCUGAGAAAUGUCACAGGCAACUUCAGUGAGAAGAACAUAUUGGGACAAGGAGGUUUCGGAACGGUUUAUAGAGGUGAACUCCAUGAUGGUACAAGAAUAGCAGUGAAAAGAAUGGAGUGUGGAGCAAUAACAGGGAAGGGUGCAGCAGAAUUCAAGUCGGAAAUUGCUGUUUUGACAAAAGUUCGCCACCGGCAUCUUGUGGCUCUUCUAGGUUACUGCUUGGACGGGAAUGAGAAGCUGCUUGUGUACGAGUACAUGCAUCAAGGAACAUUGAGCAGGCAUCUUUUCAACUGGCCAGAGGAAGGACUGGAACCACUGGAGUGGAACAGAAGAUUGACGAUUGCCUUAGAUGUGGCAAGGGGUGUCGAGUACCUCCAUGGCUUGGCCCAUCAAAGCUUCAUACACAGGGACUUAAAACCUUCAAACAUUCUCCUUGGAGAUGAUAUGAGGGCAAAGGUUGCUGAUUUUGGUCUUGUGCGUCUUGCUCCGGAAGGAAAAGCCUCUAUAGAGACAAGAAUUGCAGGCACUUUUGGAUACUUGGCACCUGAGUAUGCAGUGACUGGCCGUGUGACAACUAAAGUUGACGUGUUCAGCUUUGGGGUAAUAUUGAUGGAGCUGAUAACAGGAAGAAAAGCACUUGAUGAGACUCAACCCGAGGAUAGCAUGCACCUUGUAACAUGGUUCCGCAGAAUGUCCAUAAAUAAGGACUCAUUCCGCAAGGCCAUUGACUCCGCAAUUGAUCUCAACGAGGAAACUCUUGCCAGUAUUCACACUGUUGCAGAGUUAGCUGGCCACUGCUGUGCCAGGGAGCCAUAUCAAAGGCCUGACAUGGGUCAUACUGUUAACGUGCUUUCUUCUCUCGUUGAACUCUGGAAACCAUCUGAUCAGAAUUCUGAAGAUAUAUAUGGCAUUGACCUUGACAUGUCCUUGCCACAAGCACUUAAGAAGUGGCAGGCUUAUGAAGGUAAAAGUCAAAUGGAGUCCUCUUCUUCAUCUUCGCUUCUACCAAGCUUGGAUAACACACAGACAAGUAUACCUACUCGCCCAUAUGGAUUUGCUGAUUCUUUCACAUCAGCAGAUGGUAGGUGAUCAUGCGUAGGUGAUCAUGCUCGGUUGUAAAUAUUUGUUUUAGUGUGUUUGUUCAUUCUCCGGUCCUUGUUUCAUGUACUGGCUAUUCUUUGUGAACUUGUUUAUCUUUUCUCAUUGUGUAGAUUAGUUCUACACCAUCUUAGCCCUUGUUAAGAACUUUUACUGACAAACUUGGAAGAGAUUCUGAGCCGAUAAUGUACUUUUCAUCAUCUCA